UGUUUGUGUGUUUUUGUAGCUAGUUGAUAGAAAUUUUUUUUAAAUAAUCCCGGCAGAUUUAUUCACAUUUGUUUCUGAUCAACCAUGACGCAACGCGAUUUUUCCGCAAUUGCUUUGAGAAAAAAGAUGAAUGAUGGCUCUCUUGAUUUAAGUCUGAGGGAACUGCGCGACGCGGAUAUUCCGUGCAAAGAGCUUAAAGAAAUCCAAAGUUUGCGUCAAUUGGAUCUCUCAAAUAAUUACCUGGAACGGUUGCCCGAUAAUUUCUGCGCCUCAGUCCUGCGUUUGACGCGAUUGGAUUUGAGUAAGAAUCAUAUAAAAGUUUUACCCCCGUCGAUUGAUCGAUUACAGCACCUGGAGUUUCUCGACUUAUAUUCAAACAAAUUACUGACGCUUCCGCCGACGUUUGGAAAUUUGAAGAAGCUUAAGUGGGUCGAUCUCAAAAAUAAUAACUGGACUGAUAAAAAACUUCAAGAUGUAGCGGCGCUAUGUGCAACAUCGAGAGGUUGUGAAGCGGCUGCCAAAAAAUCUGUUGAACAUAUGAUGGAAGUCCAGAGUAACAACGAACGGAAAAAGCAAGAGGAGUUGACUAGAAAGCGAGAACGAGAGUUGAAAGAAAAGAAGGCCGCUGAAGCCGAAGAAGCAAAGCGCCUGCAAGAGAAGAAAGUGGCAAAGGAGAAGCAGAAAGCACAAGCCAAUAACAAGCGUGCCAUGGAGAACCGCGCUCAAGUACAAUCAAAUCAUCAAGUUAAGCCAGUAUCACACGCAUUUCAGAAUGGCGUUGCUCGUGAUGCCCAACCAGUUAGAGGUUCAUGGAUUAUCUUUUUGUUGAAAGCAGUCAUGAUUCUAGCGCUUUUGGCAUUCGUCUUCUUCGUCAGCGUUUUGCUAGUGAGUGCGGGUGGCGACUAUUCGCGAGAAAAUCUCAUGAAAACGUGCACUGAAGUUUUCGAUGAAGUACAUGUUCAGCUUCUGGCGUGCUUCGUGCUUUCCAAAGAAAAGUUAUUUCAUCUGACAAACUGGGUGUAUGAAACUUGGAACUCACGGGAUAUUCAGAGCUCCGUUGAAGUGAUCAGCGAAUAUGUGGAGAUUGUUCAGCAUUCCGCGGUGCAGUCUUGGAGGUUUAAAUCGUGUACUCGUCGAAGGAUGUCAAAUCCAUUUCGUUUGAAGAUUCCCGUGUCGCGGUCAUGGUGUCCCGGAGUGACGUCCUUCCUGCCUCGCCGUCGAGGUCGCCAAAAACUCCUGCUGUUGAUCUCAUUGUGCUCUUUGUAUUUGUACGUUGAUCAUAUUAUUUCCCAUCGACCGAGUGACCCGUCGAUACCGCAACACAAGAACCCAAAUAAGUGGCACUUCGAUCGAAAUCACGAGCCGAUUCCUGAACCAUCGCUGGAUGUUUCAACGCAGUUACUGCUGAAUGUUCACGACCCGGCGUACGCAUUUUCAUCGGAAGAGGUGAAGAAAUUCGAAGAGCAAAUUCAGGAAAGGGAGAGUAAGAUUGUUCCUGGAUUUGGAGAGCUCGGAAAAGGAGUAGAAUUGGUGGGCAAGGAGAAGGAAGAAGCAGAUGCUAUUGGCAAAAAGGCUGCCUUUAAUUUAUACCUGAGUGAUCGGAUUCCAUUGAACCGCUCCGUGCCUGAUGUUCGUUUACCUCAGUGUAAAUCUGUGCAUUACGACGCAUCGCUUCCAUCCGCAUCUGUGAUUUUGGUGUUCAAUAAUGAAGCAUGGUCGAGUUUGAUGCGAACCGUGUACAGCGUUCUGGACAAAUCCCCGCAUCAUUUGGAAGAAGUUAUCCUUGUCGACGACUUGAGUGACGCCCCACAUAUUGGAAGAUUUUUGGAGUAUUACGUUCGCACCCGUUUGCCGCCAAAGGUGAAGAUCCUGCGGUUGCUGGAAAGGAAUGGCCUUGUGCGGGCGAAACUCCGUGGUGCUCUUGCAGCCAAAGGAGAUGUUUUGGUUUUUCUUGAUGCCCACUGCGAAUGUAACCAAGGAUGGCUGGAGCCUUUGCUGCAGAGAAUCAAGGAUCAGACGAAUGUUGUCCUGGUCCCGGUCAUUAGUUCCAUUGAUGACAAGACUUUGGCUUAUCCUCAAACGCCGCAAGAUAGUAGUCAAGUUGGAGGUUUCACGUGGAGCGGUCAUUUCACUUGGAUCACUCCGAUUGAAAGUGAGCAGAGGAGAAGGCGUGGAGAUCCUAUAAUGCCUGUCAGGUCGCCCACGAUGGCAGGUGGUCUUUUGGCCGUUGGUCGAGACUUCUUCUUCGAAAUCGGAUCUUACGAUGAAGGCAUGACUAUUUGGGGCGGGGAAAACCUUGAGCUGGCCUUCCGCACGUGGAUGUGCGGCGGGAUACUCGAGUCAAUUCCCUGCUCCGUCGUGGGCCACAUUUUUCGCGACUUCCACCCAUACACCUUUCCUGGGAACGUGGAUUCACACGGGAUCAAUACCGUUCGAAUGGCGAGGGUUUGGAUGGAUGAUUUCAUCCGGUUCCUUUACUUGGCGAGCCCGUCUCUGAGGACGAAAGAAGUGGGUGACUUGACGAAUCGAACGCUGGUUAGAAAUAAGUUGAAGUGCAACGAUUUUCGUUGGUACUUGGAGAACGUUAUGCCGCAGAAGUACGUGUUCGACGAGCAAUCAAUUUUCUUUGGAACAUUGAUGAAUGUGGAAGAAAUGGGUCGCUUGUGUCUGGAUGCCUUGAACAGAGAGCAGCACGUUGAUACGACCUUCAUUGUUGGUGUUUAUUAUUGCUAUGACGGGCUAACUAUGAAUCAGUUGGUUGCAUACUCGAAAACACGAGUGUUCAGAAGAGAAGGUACUUGUGGGGUCCUUGGCGACUAUAAUAAUACAAUGCGCGCUAAUACGCUGCAGAUGACAUCAUGUGAGUCGGACAUGCAGCCAAAACCAGAACAUCUGUGGGACUACGACGAGAACACGGGAUUGCUGAAACAUAAAGAAUCUGGUCUCUGCAUUGACUCGACUGGGUUGCGCCCUGGAGACAGUGUGUUGAUGCGGGAGAGCUUUUUAUUUGUGAGAGUGAUGGAUAAAGUGAGUGAAGAAGAUAAUAAUUCUCAAGGCGCCAAAUCGUGGAAACCGCUCACGAGGUUCACCCACGGCCUUUACUCAGCUGGCCUUCUCCAGCAGCUGGACGAAAUGCGUAAGAAUGGAAUGGAGUCCAGUCUGUGUGAUGUCGUGCUGGUUGUUGGCGGCCAGGAUUUCCCCGCGCAUCGGGUUGUCCUUGCAGCCGGCAGCCCUUACUUCCGCGCCAUGUUUGGCGGCCGUCUGCGCGAGAAAGAGAUGGAACGCGUGGAGAUUUUCGGAGUGUCUUCCACAGACGCUUUCCGCCGGAUCCUGGACUUCAUCUAUUCCGGGGAAGUGCAGGUGGACAAAGAUGGAGUUCUCGACUUGCUUCAGACAGCCGACAUGAUGCAAGUCCGUCAGGUCGUUCUCUCGUGUUCUGAUUUUCUCAAACGCGAACUGGAUCCGUGCAACUGUCUCGGAAUCCUGCGGGUUGCCGAGGUCCACGAUUGUCCAAUGCUGGCAGACGCCGCAUUUGCGUACGCCUGUGAACAUUUCGUGCUUCUAACAGCAGAACAAGAGUUCCUAGACGCGGAUGUGAAAGUCAUCAACCGGUUGAUUAACUCGGAAAAUCUGCGGAUUGACGGAGAAGCACAGGUUCUGAAUGGAGCGAUGGCGUGGUUCCGGAAAGAUUUAGAAGAAAGACGUCGAUAUAUUUUUGACCUCCUACCUCGUGUGAGAUUCCCACUAAUUCCUGUGAAAGUCUUGGAAGAAUGUGCUGAGAAGGAGACGGAUGCUAGUCUACGCGUUGCUGUGAGAAGCAUGAUAAACGACUUUGUUUCCAGAAGAGGAUCGCUAGUCAAUUUGAAUGUGGAACCGAGAGCGUGUGCGAGGAAAAUAAUAUAUUUGUUCGGAGGUGCGAAGCGCGAAAUGAUCAGUUCGUGGACCAAGCACGAAUGCACUCUCGAAACUGUCAUGGCGCUGGACGCAUCGUCUUUAGACUCGCCUUGGCGCCAGAUUUGUUCUAUGGAAUUGGGCAGAAUCCAUCCGGGAGUGUGCGUUCUCGGCCGUAAAAUUUACGUUUUCGGGGGAGAACAGGAUUCUCAAAUACUGGCGAACGGCGAGUGCUUCGACCCCGCGGAGAACGCAUGGAUUCCCGUGUCCCCGAUGGUUGUUCCCCGCUGCGAAUUCGGGCUCUGUGCUUUUGGCUCUUCGUUGUACGCUUUCGGCGGCUGGGUCGGGGAAGACCUCGGGGGUUCCAUAGAAUGCUAUUGUCCGGAAACUGAUUCUUGGUCCAUGCUCGGAGAAAUGCCUGCACGUCGAUUCAGCAUGGGGGUGGUGGCGCAUCAAGAGCUUGUGUAUGUGGUCGGCGGAUGCACGCAGAGACGACGACACGUGAAAGAUUUGCAAGCUUUCAAUCCGGUGACGAAUGAAUGGACUGAUUUAGCACCCAUGUUAGUGCCGAGAAGUCAAAUGGGUGUCUGCGUUCUCGAGGAUCACUUGUACGUCGUCGGAGGGACCAACAAGGACUCCCAGGUGCUGGCGAGUGUUGAACGGUAUUCUUUCGAGGAGGGUACGUGGGAACUCGUUCCGGACAUGAACCAGGGCAGAGCCAAUCCAGCAGUGGCGGCUGCGAAUGGACGGCUGUUUGUCAUUGGCGGUGAGCGGACGAUGGAAGUGGUGGAUUUUUAUCGGGCCCAAGUCACUCUAUCGGAUGUCGAGGUGUUCGAUCCUUCCACUUGUGCGUGGACCACGAUUGCGUCGCUGCCCGACUCACGCUCGGAAGCAGGCGUGGCUGUGCUUUGAACAAGAGACCAGGAUGUUUGUACUAUGCUGAAUGCUUCGUCGGUUCUAUUUCGCUUUUUCGAAGAACUCCGGCUGUACUUCUUGAUUUUUUUUCUUACUCUGUACAGUUAAAUCUCGUUACUAUAACUUCUGCGUACUUCAGAAAAAGUUCGUUAUGCUGAAUAAUUUGUUAUGACGAUGUUUUCAAAAUUAAUGAUUGGGAAAAAAUUCACUUCAGACCUGCUUUUAAUCAAUUAUAUCUUGCUUUUCUGGCAUUCUCCGAUUUCUUAUGAUUUUUUGAAAAACUAAUUGAUCUUCUUAAAAAAUAACUAGCUUCAAUCAUGCAUUCCAGCAGUUGCCCCAAUCUCUCCAUUCUGGGAGGAUCAUGUUUGGAACGUUUUGGAAAAAUGUUUUUCAUUGAUUACAGCUUCCACCCAUGCUACAAGAACCAGUCAGUCACAUUUGGGAUCCGAAAUUUCAGACUGUCUGCCGUAGUCAUGAAAAGUAUACGUGGAGAAUCUUUUGAUCAUUCCUCAAACAUUUUUACACUGGAAUUUGGAAGUUCUUCGUUUACAAGAUUGUUUCAAUAUGUAUUAUAAUGGCUUUCUGCCAGGACUUGAGAAAAGUCUGUUAUAUUGAAACAUUUGUUGUAACGGGAUUUUACUGGAUUUUGCAGAAGGAUUUAUUACGUGAAUGGCUAUCGGCUAUUCGUUUCGUUCUGUGAAGAUGGGGUAUGGUCUGCUGACUUGUACCGUUUUUGCAUCUUCUGUGCGCUAACUUCUCGAGGAUUCUGGAAAGAGUAGAAAGCGUGGUGCUUUUUUUCCAGCUCAAAGCGGUAUUAUCGGAAGCAAAUUUGUGAAAGCCAAGAACCAAGAGGAGUGUUCAGAGUUGUUUUCCGACUCGGUUCAGGCUAAAGCUUUUUUCUCUAUGAUUUGAUUAAUUGCAAUUGGAAAUAUUUUCUAAGCGUCGAAUGCAUAAAACUUCCCUUGUUGCCUUCCGUAAUUUGAUGCGUAUUCUGUCGCGUGUGUCUUUCUUGAUCCGUGCGAGAUUUCUCGAGUGCCAGUGGAUGGAGUUAUGAAUCUUGAACGACGUUGAGCGCCGUUAAUGUUAGGAUCUUGACCAACUGUUUCGGCGGUUUGAAUUACGCUGUCGGAGACUUGAAACGCGUAAUCGAACCUGUUUGUUUUGAGUGAGCAACUGCAACUUCAAAGUUGAGGUCCCUUUUGGAAAGAAAAAAGCCACGAAUCUUGCUUGUUCUUGAGCUCCGUAAAAGACGACCUUUUUUCGAACAACUGAGACUGGCCGUAAGUGUAGCAUGAUCUUUUUUAUGCUUUUUAACGACAUAUUGAGUCCAUUCAAUUAAAAUUCUUGAUCUGAAUGACGCAACCCUAGAACACUUCAUGAUUUCAUAUGAAGAAUUUUAAAUUUUCUAAGAGCCUUUUGUUUUUAAUAAAGAGCGCGCGUGUCUUUUAGAAUGCCGCUGAACUGCUAAUAAGUGCUGUGCUAUUGGCGUCAAUUCAAUGUGUUGUACGCAUUAUGAUGUGCUCAGUUCGAAUGCGUGUAAGUGGCUGAUAUUUUGCUUUAUUUGAUGACAAUCUGCGCAACUCCGAAAAUUUUCGAAUCCUCUCGUGCGUUGAUCAUUGUUAGUUGAUGAAAAAAAUGUUAAGAGUGAUCUUUAUUCUGCUUUGACUCGUCAGACGGAUUCGAAAAGUCCUUUUACUGUAGUUGGAAUGCGUUGAAUCAGCCAUUAGCCUCUUUUUGAUUAUACGCGGGCGGUGUGUUUUGGAUCGUUGACGGGUUCUUUGAUUCCGUUGCUCUGAAACACUUUCAUACUCCUCAAGUUCACUGUUUUGUUCUGAAUUUUCAGUGUUCUCCCAGAAAAGGAAUCAAUUAGGCUUUAUUUUGAUCAUUCAGCAGUUGAAAGAAUUUGAGACGGGAAAACAUUUGGUCUUGUGAUCCAAAAUUUAAAAAGUUAUCUAGUCAGGCAGAGCACCAACCAAUGUUAAUCUUUUGUGAUGACAGAGCAUUUGUCAUUCUGGCACAAUGUUACGUGCAUUCUCGAUAUCCUUGUGUUAUUCUCCCACGUGCAAGUGGAUGAAAAUAAAUAUCCUCAACGUGAAGCUGUUGAAUGGGGAGGAGAGAAAAUGUUAUUCAUAUCGGAAUCAUGCUUAUUCGAUUGACAAAUGAUUUCUUUUGUUACUUUUCUCACCAAUAUUUGAGUUUUUCAAUCUUCGAAAUUCGUCGGUGAACUCGGUGCAUUUCCUCUGUUACCAUUGGGAUUCGUUUGACAGAAGAAAACAUUUUUUUCAGUAUGAA